AUGGCUACUUUCCCGGAACAUGCUCAAGUUGCAGCCUUCGAGCAAGCCUGCCGCGAUGUCCAAGUGCCGGCCACCCGCAUUCCCGCGGAGGAAUCAAUCAAGAACCUAACUCGCCAUCCAGAUGCCAUCCCCAUCUCUCUGGCUGUAAUACAAUAUACCUCCCUCCCCGCCGCCCGCUUUCAUGCCGCUGGUGCAUUACGCUCAGCAGCCUUGGAAGCAUGGGACACCCUAACUCCCCCACAGCGCUAUGGGGCAACUUCUCUGCGCUACCUCCUUGUCAGCUUUGCUGUCUCUACACCAGCGCUCAUGAAAUUCGAGCGCAAAGCCCUUCUCCGAACGGCAGCCGUUCUCGCCCGAAGGGCAUAUCUCGAGGAGCCUGCUGAGGACCGCGAUCGCUUCUUCAAUUUGGUUCAUGAGGCUGCAGCGAACCCAGACCCUGCAACAGCUCACAGUGCCAUGGCAGCUACCGAACUUAUCGAAUUGCUUGGCGCGGAGUUCAUGAUAACUGAUACCUCACGACGUGCCUCUUUAAUGCAACGCCAGGUUCACGUUCAGGCUCGCUUGCAAUUUUCCGCUCCCCAAGGACAUCUCAUCGGCUUACUAAAGGCUGCCUUGGCCUCAAUAUCGGUCAUCCUCACCGUCCCAGGUCACCCACCGAUGAACUCCCCGGACUAUGACGCUCGAGUGCUACCCGCCUUAGAUACUGUGUUGAGAGUGCUGGCGACAGAUUUAGCGAAGAUCCAGGCCACUCCAUCUGCGGACGCCCCCGUAGACUUGUAUGCUGAAGCUACAAGUGGCGAGGAGUCUCUAGAGGCUGUGGUUAUUAAUGCGUUUACUGGAGAAGAAUGGCAUGAAAUCAUCGAGCAGCUGCCAACAAUUUUGCGGCUUUGCCUGGUCGUAACGAGCUAUCAUAGUAGCGUACGAGACCCUGACGACGAGCCGCGCACUAUCCCGAAAGCGACGCAAGUCUUGACCGCCGUCAGCGCUAUUAGUCAGCGCAGCUAUCACACCGAUGAGGAAGCAGGGCAAAUACUGCAGUCAAUGGUAGAUGGCGUAAACAAACAGGCGUGGGCGAAAUCUCAACUAGGUGUCAUGAAACUGGCGUAUGCUGAAGUAUGGCGGCGAAUGUCUUGUGCACAUGGAAUCAUGACCGUUGUGAAGUUGGGGAGAAUGUAUUUGGACGUUUUUACCAAGGAUACGUGUCAAUUGCUGGAUGCGGCGGCCAUAAGCUUGGCCUCUCUUGAAGCUGAUGAAGAGGAUGUUUUUAGCGAAGAUGUCACAGAUGUGUUGUUGGAGACUUGGGCGAAUAUUUCGCUCCAGGCCGACGACGGUGUCAAGUCGAAGGAGCAUCCUCUGGCACCACAGAUCGAACAGGUCGUGAUGCACUGCAGAAAGCUCUGGAUGAAGAGUUUGCUUGAAAACGAACCGGGAGCUAACAUUCAUGUUCCCGACGACGAAGAAGACAUGGGCUUUGAAGAUACCUCUGCUGCAGAAGCUCGCCUUGCUUCCGCGGCUGUGCUACUGAGAUUCGUUUUGAACAAAAUGGCACCAAUGCUGGCUGAGUCCUUGGUACAUGCUGCUGAGGUAGUCUUCCAAUGGGGUACGAUGCGUAACAGAGAGACUUCACUUCCACUAGAUAUUUUUCAGGAAGAUCUAUAUUUUUUGAUUCUGUUGACGUGUAGUGUGCUUGCAGAUGAUGCGAAAGGCGAGCAUCCAUCGGUUCCAUUGCAGUUUCUGUCACCUGCUUCGAUUAACGGCCAUGGAAAGCCAGCUAUGAACGCCAAGAUACUGCUCUCUGCUCUUUUCGAUGUAGCGCAGAAAGAGUCUCAGAUGUUGGAGACUCGGGGGGUUCAUUCCGAUGAGGCCUCUCCACGAGUUGGAGCAGCAAUACUUGAAGCACUGGCUCGAGUAACAAGAACAUAUCUCGUUCCCAUAUCUCAUGACGAGACUGCAACGAAAACAGCAUUUGAGGCCGUCGGUGGAAUGGAAAUCGUUGCCGCAGGCAGGGCUGGGUGCAUGAAGAAAGCAUUGGAAGGUUUGUCCGCUCGUGGUUUCGAAUGCGAUGUCGCAGAGGCUGCCGCAUCCCUCCUUUACGCUCUCUCGCUCGGCACUCCAAGAUACCAUGACAUUCAAAACUCUCAAAUUUGGCACAGGCUGUUGCAAGCAGGGACAGGGGCUUAUCAAAAUCUCCCACCACCGGUGGUACGACUUGUUGGGAAGUGUCUGACGAAAGUGCUUGGAGAUAUUGUCGCCGACCAGCUGUUGCUCCCAGCAUACCAUUCUCUUCAUUCCCUCAUCGAGGAUAGAGAGAGAGAUGCAGAUGCUGCUGAACGCGCCAUAGCAACAGUGAACCUUUUGCGAGGAGCAGCGAUGUGUGAAAAUGCGGGACCGCGGACUCGUAGUGCACUGCUGCUAGCCUUACAUGCCCCAGAUGGUAUUGCGUUUAAUUGCGCGAAAUCAUUUGGCAGGUCCAGACCAGAUGUCGGGCAAUCCCUCAUCACAUUGGCAGAUGACAUUGUAAACUCCUCUUUGAUACACCUCUCCCCCGAGGAGUCACGAGAUCUCGUGAGGAACGCAAUAGCAAUCAUCAAACUUUACUGUGAGGUCAUAUCCCAAUAUGUGAGCGAAUCAAGUCGCGACGAACGUUACGAUGGCGUCCAAGGGGUAAUUGGGUUGCUGAGCAGCAUACUGACAGAAGGCUCGGACUUUGAAGUCGGUGAAGCAUGCUAUGUCGGUCUGUCCUCUCUGCUUCCCAUAUUCACGGACGAAAUGCUAGCUAUUCCUUCGGUAUGUGCAAAGAUUUUCAGUUUCACAACUGAUGUGGUCAUUCGGCACCCAAUGUGGUUGAGCCGAAUCCCUCCAGACAUGUGCGAAACCAUUUUGCAUCUUAUCGACCUACAACGACAAAACGCGGACUUAAAACUAGAACGAAGAAGCCUGGAAGCAGUUGCCUCUUUGGCGCGAUCGCGUUCUCGAAACCCAGAGCUCGGUCCAGCAAGCACUGUGGUUGAUGCAGCCCUUUCGAAACUGCUGAGGGUAAUCUUGGUGGGUAUUGCGAGCGGAGACGCCUUCGCAAGCAAUAUGGAUGCAUCCGCAGAUGCCUUACUUCCCCUUAUUCACGUGAGGCAAAGAGGUCAGACAUCUGCAUUUGAGGAAAUAGGUCGGGAACUCUUGUCAGAGGCGGAAAAUAGCCCCACAUUACUCGCCGCUAUACAAGAAUUGGGCCAUUCUGCAGCAGUAGCGGGUGUAUCUUUUGGCUUCAGUGGACGCGACACUUCGCACGCAAGCCCUAACCGUCUUGCGGAAUUGCAAGCUUCAAAGUCAUUUCGAGAAUCUGUCAUGCGAUUUUCUGACAUUGCUAGAAGAUGCCUUUUGUCGGUAGCAAUUGGCAACUGAUCCAUGAGCUCAAUUCGAGCGAAAACGAGUGACUGACUGUGUUCAACAUAUGCCUGGUUCUGUCCAUAUCACGCGUUUGGCCUUAACGCAACCACUUCGCACUCUAGUGAUAUCCCUCGGAGUGGCGUUUUGCCAUAACAAAUCGAGCAGUGUUGUAAAAUCCAGGAACAGGCCUCGGUAUGACGAACAUGUCUAGGAAGGUUCCCGCUCUCCCUCAGAAACCUACGAGACUAUUGGUGCGUUUAUAGAAUUAGAGCAAGACAGUUCUACACGGUUACGAAGUAGCAAGACGACAGGGAAUUCCAUAGACUGCAACCAUACUAUUCUAAAGGUUUUCCUUCUCC